AUGGAGGACUGCCUUCACACCUCCUCUGAAAACCUCUCCAAGCUGGUGAGCUGGGCCCACAGCCAUGGGACCAUCUGCAGCCUCAUCCCCAACCUCAAGCACCUUCUUUCCGAGGGGGCCCAUGGCAACCUGACGGCCAUGUGGGGCUGUAGUGCUGGCCAUGCCUACCACUGGCCCCUGGCUGCCACUUGCCGGGCUGGCUCCCAGGAGCGUGUCUGCUUCCAGGACAGCCGCAGCUUCAACUCGGACAGUCCCAGCAUGCUGGGUGUGCCAUCGGAGGCACAGGCCAGCCCCCUGGAGCGCUACCCGGGUCGGACGGGGAAGACCAAGCUGGAUUGCACCCGCACUCGCGACUCCUGCGACUUCUCCUAUUGCAGCGAGCCAUCGGAGCUGGGUGAGCCUGUGGAGGAGUACGAGGAUGAGGCCACUCUCUUCGACAUGGUCUGUGAGUCCUCUGUCACCGACGAGGACAGCGACUUUGAGCCGCACCCCCACCGUGCCCCCGCCGGUCCCCGCAAGCGUCCGGCUGCCGGGCUGCCCACGGCUGCCCAGGCGCAGCCUGCUGAUGAGGGCGGCAGUGACGUGCUCCUCAAGAAGAUCAAGCAGGAGCUCCCUGAGGACUACUAUAUCGUGGCCAAUGCUGAGCUGACUGCCGGUGCCGACGGGCCGGCCCUGGCCCUGACGCAGAUGUCCAAGCCCAAGCCACAGCCCCCGGCCGGCCCCUCCUGCCUGGUUCCCACCAGAGCUGUGCCCCAGCCUGUCGCCGGCCCCGACCCCGACCCCCAGCGCCUCUGCUCCUCCCCGCCCGGCCUGCCCCGCAUGGCCCCACAGCGGCCGCCCCGGGGACCCCUGGCCUCCCCAGCACGGGGGGCAGGCAGUGGCCCUGUGGCUGCCCUGCAAGUGCCAGCCACCAGCUCCAAUGCCACCACCACCACCACCGGGAAACCCAUCAGCAUCCCCCUCUCAGCGCUGCAGCUGCCUGGUCAAGAGGAGCCACCGGCCGCUGAGGAGACUCUCCCAUCUGUCCCACAGCUGACUCCAGGUGGUGAGGUGGCUGGCUCGCCCUCGGUGAGUGCUGAGCCUGAGGUCAGCUCCAGCCAGCAGCAGUCCCAUGCCGUGCCCACCACCACUCCCGAGGCAGUGGUGCAGUUAAUGCCAGAAUAUACAAUUAAGCUCAACAAAUUUCCCAUCUUUAAUUUUGAUGACUUCAAGUUCCUGUGUGUCAGUGCUGUGAGCUCCACCACCACCUAG